CUCAACUUCUGCGUUCACCAGUUUCUGCCCCUUCGUUUGACAAGAUCCUAAAACUCCCACACCAUAGGGCCACCCCCGAAAACCUUCGUCGAUAGUCGCCCGUCAUAAUGGACGCUCACGCCCUCCUCUCCUCCCAAGGCUGGCGAGGAACUGGUCAUUCGCUCCACAAGACCGACGAUUCGAUUGGCCUCUCGAAACCCUUGUUGCUGUCGCGCAAGGACAACACCAAAGGAUUGGGCCAAAAGCAGCAUUUUACAAGCGACCAAUGGUGGAUGAAUGCAUUCGACGAACAAUUGAAGGGACUCGACACUUCCAAGGAUGGCAAGGUGGUGCAGACGCUCACCACCGGGAAGUUGAACACGAUCGACAAGAACCUGGGGAAAUACUCUGUGUACACAUCGUUUGUGCGAGGUGGAUUUUUGGAGGGAACCCUCAGCAUAUUGGAAAUAAAGGACUCGUCGAGCACCGAAUCCUCCGAAGACGACAGUGCCGACCAAGAGCGCGCGAAGGCAUCCAAAACCGAAAACCGAAAAGAAACCAAGGAAGAGCGGAAAGCCAGAAAAGAGGCGAAGCGAAAGCGAAAGGAAGAGCGAGCUCGCGAGAGAGCCGAGAAAGCCGCCCGACGAGAGCGGAAGAAGUCGAAGAAAUCAGCGAAGUCAUCAACUGAAUCGAGCGACGCGGACGACGAGAAGCGUCGACGGCGAGCGAGGAAAGAGGAAAAACGGAGACAAAGAGACAAAGAGUUAAAGAAAUAAUGGACAAAGGACAAAUAUGGCGAGUCGCAUCUGCAUAGCGAAAGCAUCUUCACGGCGUUUGGGUCUAUAGUUCUGAAUGAUACCCCCUGAACUCACGCAAUUCUCCUCCACCGGUACAAGCGUCGCUUCUCUUGAUCAACCUCCAUUCCAAAAAUUGUGAGCGCAAUGGCCUCAGGCGACCGGUAACUUAAAGAUGCCCCAGCCUCCAAAGGGGGUGGAGCUGUAAUAAAAACGGCAGGCUUACUUACACGGAGGUAAUGAGGUCUUCGCUUCGCAACAUAUACAAUUUUGUAUGGCAAAGAAAGCACUCUACUCCCUUAUAGCGUGCUGCACGGCUUUCAGGCCGCCUU